GUAAGUAUGAAAUACGCGAGAAAGUAAAGAAAGUACCUGAAAAAAUGUCGUUCUGUACAAUCACAGCUGAUACCUGAGAAAACUGACACCUGUUUAAUCAAAUCUUAAGUACUAAAUGCAGUAUGGUGGUUUUAGCUGGGUUAUAGACCAAAAGUAUUGGAUCUUAUAUUACUAUAGAAUGAUAGUACUACUAGUGGUCACUAGUCAACUAGAUACGGCUAGACAUGAACCUACGAUGCGAGGAGAUGCUUCUUGUAUCAUCUUGGCAUUAUGCAUCAACCCCAGAAGCAUUGACUUAACAUAUUGAGACACCAUUCUUUAAAAAAGAUAAUAAUAUUGUGUCCAUUGGGCCUCUCGUUAGUAAUGUCGUUGUUGGUGGAUAAAUGUCGGAAUUGGAAGUGAAUCAUGCAAAAAGUAAUGAUAAAUUAUCUAUCGUUCGCGUGCUGGAGUCGAAAAAAGUAUCCUACUUUCCCGAAGCAUAAAUUGAGGUUAGACUUUCUCGUUUUCUCCGGAGAAAGGAGACCAGUAACCGUCAGUAACUGUAUACCGUUUGUUAAUCCCAUAUAAACGCACUGCUGCUAAAAUGUAUCCCAAUUUAUUAAAGCUGGGGUUUAUUUUGAUGACUUUUUUUAUGGUGGUAAUGGGUGGAUUAAUAAAUACAGUUGAGCAACAUUUGCCAUUAUUUAUUGUACAAACUUUUAGGUACGGAAAAUGUGCAUAUCAAGGAAAAUCUUCAUUUUUCAUCAAGCCAAUUGAAGUUCCAAAAAGAUGGUUUGGUCAUUUUUAUAUCUUUGCUGCAAUAUUUACAACAUUAGCUGCAAUAGUUGUUUGUAAUGUAUACAUAUUUGGAGCAAAACUUGAGCCAUGGCUAUUGAUUUGUUUAGAUUUAUUAGCAAGUGGCAGAAAUGCAUCAGUGAGUGCUGUAUCUACAAUCACAGCUCUGCUGCUUUUAACAGUCCAGGCUUGGCAUAGAUUUCAUGAAACAUUGUUUGUUAGUGUGUUUUCUGAUGUGAAGAUGAACAUCGUUCAUUAUUUGGUUGGAUACAUUCAUUACUUUGGUUCAGUUGCAGCAAUCUUAGCUGAGUCACAUGGCUUCAUUUAUUUGGAAGAGACUGUUCCUCAAAUUGCUUUGAAGGAUGUGAGUUUUUUGAAUGUUAGUGGAUGUAUUUUAUUUUUAUGGGCUUGUUAUCAGCAAAGCAAAAUGGGUUUUAUUCUAGCUAAUUUGAGAAAAAACAACAAAGGUGAAGUUAUCAGUGUGAAGCACAAAAUACCUCAUGGUGACAUGUUUGAAUAUGUUUCAUCUCCACAUUUAUUGUGUGAAAUUUUAAUGUACCUGGGUCUCACAUUUGUAAUGUGGGGAGCAUCCAUUUGGCCAUGGGUUUUCUUUUGGGUGCUGACAAAUCAGGUUGAAUCAGCCUUACUCACCCAUCAGUGGUAUAAAACAACAUUCAGUAAUUAUCCUAGCCAAAGAAAGGCUAUUUUUCCAUUUAUUGUGUGAAAUAUGUUGUUUGUAUUAUGUUAUAUAAAUGAAGCCUUGAAAGGUCAAAAACCUCACAAAUUUGUUGGUUAUUGUGAUGAAUGAGUGUCAUUUAUUCAAAUUAAGUAAAUGAUGUACAAUUUUAGUUUUAAACACAACCUUUUGUAUUGAAAUAAAUGUGGUUAAGACACAUUAUUUUAACAAUCAAGCAUUUGUAUUGUCAAUUUAAAAGUCUCAGGUAUAUCCAUGUGACACUUGUCUUAUUUUGGAGCUUGAUUUACUGUCCAUAUCACUAAAUUAUUUCUAUUUUUUAGCUUAUUCGUUUCUUCUUUGUAAGACAUGAAAUAAAAUGACUAUUGCAUUUACUAAAAGUAAAAAUGAAAGAAACACUUAAAUAAAAAGACUGAAUGUUUUCAAGAAAUUGCUACUUAUCUUCAGUAAGAUUUCACUGAAAACAUGUACAAGCAUGUCAAUAACAUAAUUGUAAUAAUAUAAAAUGUAUGUAUUGUUGAAAUCAUUUGUUGUUUAUGUUGUAGUUAUUUAAUUUUCUAAGAAUAUUUGAAAAAUAUUGUGUAAGUUUUUAAAUAAAUGUAUAUUUGAUAUCUGUUAUCAUUUCUC